AUGCUUUUUACUGUGUUUUUGUUGAUUCUGUUCUUCAACGGUAUUUCAUCUCAACAAGGCAUAUUUGAACCUUAUACAUUUGGAGAAGGUAGUUGUACAGGCAGUUACAAAUGGACGACAUGGUAUGAUACAAAUGAUCCAAGUGCAACACAAGGCGACGUUGAAAUUACUAAUCAUAUUCAAAAGCUUUUCCCAACUUUUAUGUGCUUAUAUCCAACUGCAAUCGAAGCUCAAACUUCAUAUGGUGCAAGUCCUUCAACUACUGGAGAUGUAUUUCGAAUUACUGUUAAAGAUGGAUUUUUAUGUUUGAAUCAACAAAUUUCUAAUUAUAGAAACAGAAUUUGCAAUGAUUACAAAGUUCGUUAUUGUUGUCCAGCUACUGCUUCUUAA